AUGAAGAAAGUAACGAUUGCCUGGUUUCUAGAUUAUAACAGUGAUAAAAGUCAAUUUCAAGAUAUAAAUGAUAGCGAUUCUGCAAAUAUUAGAUUCUUUCACACUACUGAUCGAUAUAUUAAUUAUAUUACUCAAGAUGAAAAUCAUGAUGAAACUUUUAUACUUGUUAUUUGUGAAUAUUCAGAGUCAAAAGCUCUGGUGAAAGGUCUUCAUGACUUGGAUCAUGUAAUUAGUAUUUACCUAGGCUGGACUCCACAAGAAGAAGAAGAAGAAGAGAAUAAAAAAGACAAAUGGAUGGAGGAAUGUGUGAAAAUUAGAGCCAUUUGUCAUACUGUCGAAGAAUUAUUUAAUAAAAUUGGAGAAGAAUUAAAUGGACGGAAACGAAGACUAUUUGAUUCUCUAUCAAUUAAUAUUUACAACAGUCAUGACACUGAUGCAACAAAAAUUCUUACAAUCUUCAAUCGUACAGAACAAUCGUCUACAUCUGAUCUUCGAACUGAAAAUGGUAACUUUCUAUGGUUUCAAUUAUAUAUUGCAAUUUUACUACGAAUGAACUAUCAUCGAGAACAAGCGAAAGCAAAUUUAAUUCAAUAUUGUAAACGUCUUUAUAAAGAUGAUAAAAAUGAACUACGUAAAUUAGAAGACUUUGAAAAGACAUAUUCUCCAGACGAUGCUAUUAAAUGGUAUACAAAAGAAACACCCAUCUAUCAUCUAUUGAAUAAAGCAUUACGUCUGAAAAACGUCGACUUAAUAACGGCAUUUAGUUGGUUUAUAGCAGAUAUUUAUAAACAAUUACUAAAAGAAAAUAUUUCUCAAAGUACUUCUACUACUGCUGAUGAACAACUUAAAUUUUAUCGUGGACAAAAAAUUAGUAAAAAAGAAUUUGAACGUUUACAAAAUUCAACAAAUGAAUUCUUGUCAACUAAUUCAUUUCUAUCAACUAGUGUAGAUCGAAAAGUUGCACUUGGAUUUGCAGGUAUAAGUAGUGAUGAUCUUAUAGCAACACUGUUCGAAGUUACUGUGGAUAAAAAUGCUAAAAAUCUGAAACCAUACGCUGAUAUUAGUAAAUUCAGUGUUUUUAAAGAUGAAAAUGAAACAUUAUUUAUGUUAGGUAGUGUCUUUCGAAUUAUUAAAGUGGAGUUUAAUGUAACAGAAAAAAUUUGGAUAAUAUCAUUAAAUACUUGUACUGAAAAUGAUCAAGAUUAUAGACAAUUAUAUGAACACGAAGAAAAAGAAAUUGUUGGUGAAAAUCCAUCUGAUUAUAAUCUUGCCGAAUUAUUUUAUCGUCUUGGUGAUUAUGAUCGAAGUGAAAGAUAUUUUAAAUUACAUUUGAAAUAUCGUCGUAGACCAGAGGAUAUUGUAUUAUGUCAUGCUGGUUUAAGUAAAGUUUUCAAUCGAAAAAAGAAUAGUGAACUUCAACAAAAACAUCAAGUGGAAGCAAUGCAAGGCUUACAAAAUCAAACAAAAGAAAUUACAGAUCCAAAAUUAAUUCAAGAAUUAGAAACAACACGUAAGCAAUUAUUUGAUGAAAAUGAAAAUUGUGAGAUUCAUAUACUACGCGCACAUGUAAACACGAAAAAUAAGCACGAUGAUUUAACUUUAAUGGAUUAUACAAAAGCAUUAACUAUACAAAAGAGACAAUUACCUAGUGAUCAUCCAGAUAUUGGACGUACAUUAUUUCAAAUGGGACAUUGUUAUGUUGCAUUAAAAAUGUUUGAUAAAGGGUUAGAAUUCAUGCAGCAAGCAUUAGAAAUACUUCAAAAAUCAUUACCAGAAAAUCAUCAAGAUUUGGCGUUAACUUAUAGUAGUCUUGGUUCAGUUUAUACAAUACUGAUGAAGAAUGAUGUGGCAUUAGAACAUUUUAUAAAAGCACGUGAAAUCCAUCAUGCAUCUGGGAGACCUGAUCAACUUGAUCUUUGGAUAGUUGAAACAUCAAUCAAACGUAUAGAAAAUAGUGGCAGUAGCAGUACAUCAACAUCUUAG